UGUGUGCAUGCAUGUAUAUAUAUAGGGGUGUGUGCACACACAUGCACACACCUCUAUACACACAUAUGUGUGCAUGUGUUCUUAUGCACGUGCAGGUAAGCGUGUGCUUACAGGCGUGCAUGUAUGUGUGCGCAUGAACGUAUGUGCAUGUGCCGCUGCCCGUGUGCCUGUGUAGUAUGUGUACAGUACGUCUGUGAGCGUGUGCGCACGGGGCGGGGCCAGCGAGGCAGGCGCGGCGGCGCGGCCCGCUGCCGAGGCGGUGUCCAACGGGCGGGGGCGUUGCUAGGGAGCGGCGGGCCAAUAGGCGCGCGCGUUGCUGUUGCCGGGCGGCGCGGCGGACCGGGCCGAGGCGGGCCGGGCCGGGCCGGGCGGCGGAGCGGGGCGAUGAGCGGUGCCGCGGCAGCCCGGCAGCCAUGGAGAUCCGCUGCGGGGGGCUGCUCUUCAGCUCCCGCUUCGACUCGGGCAACCUAGCGCACGUGGAGCAGGUGGAGCCGCCCGGGGCGGGGGGGCCCGGCCCCGCGGCCUGGGGCGCUGCCCUCCCCGCCGCCGACUACGAGUUCAACGUCUGGACGCGGCCCGACUGCGCCCAGACCGAGUAUGAGAACGGUAACAGGUCCUGGUUCUACUUCAGUGUGCGGGGGGGAGCUCCGGGGAAGCUAAUCAAGCUGCACAUCCUGAAUAUGAACAAGCAGAGCCGGCUGUACUCCCAGGGCAUGUCCCCCUUCGUGCGGACCCUGCCCGUGCGGCCCCGCUGGGAGCGCAUCCGCGAGCGGCCCAGCUUCGAGAUGGUGGAGACGCAGUUUGUGCUGUCCUUCGUGCACCGCUUCCUGGAGCACCGCGGUGCCACCACCUACUUUGCCUUCUGCUACCCCUUCUCCUACACGGAGUGCCAGGAGAUGCUGGCUCAGCUGGAUGGCCGCUUCCAGGAGUGCAGGCACAUGUCUCCAAGCAGGCCAGCUGGGCCUCUUCCCUUAUUUUGCAGCCCCCUCGACUCUGUCUAUUACCACCGGGAGCUGCUCUGCCACUCCCUGGACAAGCUGCGAGUGGACCUGCUCACUGUCACCUCUUGCCAUGGCAUGCUGGAGAAGCGGGAGCCUCGGCUGGACAAGCUCUUCCCAGACACCACCACUCCCCGGCCGCGCUGCUUUGCAGGGAAAAGGGUGUUUUUCCUGAGCAGCAGAGUCCACCCAGGAGAAACACCCUCCAGCUUCGUCUUCAAUGGCUUCCUGGACUUCAUCCUGCGGGAGGAGGACCCCCGUGCCCAGAUGCUGCGUCGGAUGUUUGUCUUUAAGCUCAUUCCCAUGUUGAAUCCUGACGGGGUGGUGCGAGGCCACUAUCGAACUGACUCCCGUGGGGUAAACCUGAACCGCCAGUAUCUUAACCCCGAUGCUGAGCUGCAUCCUGCAGUGUAUGGGGCCAAAGCUGUCCUCCUCUACCACCAUGUUCACAGCCGCGUCCUGCCGGGCUCUCCCGACUGGAGAACAUAUGUCUCCCCACUCAGCACCAGCUCACUAAGCACAAAAUCUUCCAACCAUUCCAUCUGCAGCAGCACCUCGUCCCCAGAGGCAGCCCUGUUGGAGCUGGAGAAAGCAAAUAACCUCCACAACUCACCCAGCACCUGGCGUGCCAGCACCUACUUCAGCCCUUCUCAGGAAUCCCAGCUCUCAGGAGCACCUGCCAUCGAGCUGGGCAGAAAGGACCAAGCUGUCUGGAUCCUCCCUUCAAGCCACACCACGGAGCACUGUGAGGAGGAAGGCAGGAAGCCUCCACCGCCAGCACCUCUCCCUGAAACCAUCCUGCCCCAGGACAGUGGGCUGGCCUACUAUGUCGAUCUCCAUGGGCAUGCCUCCAAGCGCGGCUGCUUCAUGUACGGCAACAGUUUCAGUGACGAAAAUGAUCAGGUGGAGAACAUGCUGUUCCCCAAACUCAUCUCCUUGAACUCACCUCACUUUGACUUCACGGGCUGUAACUUCUCAGAGAAGAACAUGUAUGCCAAAGACAAGCGGGAUGGGCAGUCAAAGGAGGGCAGUGGGCGAGUGGCCAUAUACAAAGCCUUGGGGAUCAUCCACAGCUACACACUGGAGUGCAACUACAACACGGGACGCUCAGUGAACAGCAUCCCUGUGGCCUGCCAUGACAACGGGCGGGCCAGCCCACCGCCCCCUCCCGCCUUCCCCUCCAAAUACACUGUGGAGCUGUUUGAGCAGGUUGGGAGAGCCUUGGCCGUGGCAGCACUGGACAUGGCAGAGUGCAAUCCCUGGCCCCGGAUCGUCCUGUCGGAACACAGCUGCCUCAGCAACCUGCGAGCCUGGAUGCUGAAGCACGUGCGUGGCAUGAAGGACGCAGGCGGGGGCCCGCAUAGGAGAGGAGGUGCCAGGACCCCCCCCAGGAGCUCCACCGGGCUCCCCACCUCGGCCUCUGAUAAUGCCUUGUCCCGCAUGAGGAGCUUCAGCAACGGCACCAGCGGGAGCGGCAGCAGCCAGCAGGACUCGCCGCAGAUCAGAGCCUCCCCCAGUUUCACCUUCAGCUGCAGCAGGCCCUCAGCUCUGGCUGCUGCGAGCCAGAGUCCUCAGAAAGGCAGCACCAGAGCCCCGGCACCAGGCAGAGGGACCCUGCCAGCAGGCACCCAGGCAGCACCGAGCACCAGCAACAGCCACAGACCGCGGGAGGCCCAGCGUGGUGCAGGAGAGCAAGCGGCUGCCCAUGGCACAGCACUGCUGCAGGUGCUCCCAAAGAAGCUGGAUGCCAAGAGAGCCCUGGAGCAGCCCGGCCCGCGGGGACCCCCGCUGCGCCCCAGCAGGAUCCCUGUGCGAAGGAAAGGGGCAGCGACCAGUCAGAGCCUGCCAGGACCCCUCACCAACAGUGCUGCAGCCCACCGGACCAGGAAGCCCAGCCAUGGCAGGCCCCGGGCUGUGGAGACUCUGCCAGGGCUCUGCCAGGAGGCCCCCACACCCCCCGGGGGGGUGCAGAGUGCCAAGGGACUCUUCCUGUGCAGGGGCAAGGGCCUGCACCCCCAGGUACAGCCCCACAGCAUUGGGGGGCUGCGAUGCGGGCAGGGGGACCCCAGCCCUUCUCUGCCCCAUGCUGGCAGGGCCUGGGCAGGGGCCACAGCACUGGGGAGGGGGCUCUGGCCACUCUGCCCCACCCCAAGUGGCCUCUCUCCACCCCAGUCUCCCCCACCACAGCACCCAGCAGGCCCACCCGCAGGCCCCCCCUCGCUCAGUUCCUACCGGCAGCUCCUCUCCUUCUGCGCUGAGGCCUGACCGCAGCCACCAGCACCAGCCCUGUGACGCCAGCACCCCAGCGUGGGGCAGGGCUGGGGCACCCCCGCAGCCACUGUGGUCCCUGUCCAGACCAAAGCCGCACACUGCCGAGCCCGGGCUGCGGCACCACGGGGGACCCCGGGCCCACUCUGCCGCUCACCCCUGGACUCCAGGCACAGCCCAACACGGUGCCUACACCUGGCUGUGGCUGUCACCGCGCUCACCACACCGGCGGGGCAGAAGCACCCG